AAUGGGAGGAGGACAGAGAUCCACCAUCCCCCUGCAAACACUCGGUCCUGUUUGGAGUUCAUUAUUCGGCGCCUCACCUCAGUAGCAGCUGAAGGUUAAAGCAGCAGCGGAAGAUCUUUGUAGGGGAGCAAACAAUGGAGUUCUGGCUGGAAAAUCAGGGUCAGUCGCAGCUUUACUCCAGGUUUGGGACUCUUCCUGGGAGAAGCUGUUCACACAACUAUCAUGACCGACACCAGGCAACCUAUAACACAGUGUACUCAGGAGAGCAGCAGAGUCUGGGAAGGGAGUCCAGUAACUGGACAGUACCAGGAUCGAGAGCAGGAAGAGCUCUACAGGAAUACUGGACAGAGUCAGAGCUGCCCAGCUCUUCUUCUGCUUGUUUCCCUUUUACUUUACACCAUAACGAUCAGCGCCACCGGGACCUUGGUGAAUAUCGGCAACGUAACCCCAGAGAGAGAGAGUUGGUGUCUCCAGGAGCUAUGAAGGACUAUGACAGAGGCUUUCUGAGGGAUCCAUGGAUGAAGAGGUGGGAUUAGAGUCAACAUUCCCAUUACAACAGAGAUGUGUCCACAAAGAGGAAUGACAGCAGCUAUCGGGAGCUGGAGGCUUGGGCGGCUGGGUACAGUCACUCGCUGCCCAGGAGGAGACGUUUAGAAGCAGAGUUAAGAGAGACAGUCCAAGGCCUGUCAGAGAGCAACCGGGCUCCAGAGAGAGAAAAAGCGGAAACAAAUUCUAGAUUUCAUCUACAACAUAGCCAACUAAAAGCAAACUGUAGACAUUCUGGGCUGUGGGACAAAAUAGAACAUCCUAAUACAGGCACAAACCCCAUGAAUGAAAAGAGUGAUUACCAACCUAGGGUUUUCAGCAAACCUCCUGGAUAUGUUGGACCUCCCUCCUACAGCAGGCCGCACAAAAGUCCUCCUGUGACACAAAACUGUGACAUUGGCUGGCAGCAUGUUGGUAAUAACCAAGCUAACUGGUCACAGCCAAUAUAUGGAAAGCAGGAUGUUCCAGUGGACUUGCAAACCAAGAGGCAUGUGGAGAAAGAUCUAAGCAAUGCAUGCCCUGAACUAAAGCAGCAGAGGUCUAGUAAACAUAAGGGAGAUGCUUCAAAGGCAGACAGGCCCACUGAUGCACAGAAACCCGAAGAAUUAUUAGCUAAACAAACGCAAGCAGCUAAUGUUUCAAAUAAAGAGAAGGAGGACAUUUGUAAGGUCAUAGAAGGAAGGAAGUUCAGACUAAAGAAAAAGACAGGAGGGAUGACCAUAUUCUGCCUGGUUUCUCGAAUAGUUAGCCCCUCUGAAACCAAGUCUUUACCAGUCUGCCCCUCCCAAACUAGCCCCCAAGUCACAGAAACAGGGGCGCUUUCAAAAGACACACAGGAUAACAAGCAAGUGAAGGAGCUUGUUGAUGAUGUGGACUCCAGAGCACAGGCAUCAGAAGAGCAGUCAGAUAAAAAGACACUUGGAUUUGGAAAAAAGAUGAUCCCUGAAGAAGACCCGUCAAGUACCGCAAAAGGUGUACUCGAAAAACCUGUAUUUGAAAGAAGUGAAUCUUUGUCUGUGCAGCCUUUGUUGACCAAAUACCCUUUAUGGAGGGAGCCUAGUUCCAGUAACAAGACUGACACUGAGAGCUCCAACAAAACCUGCUUGAAAGACACAAAAGGAAGCAUGUUAAACCAAGAUGGAGGUGAAGAUCUGAGAAGCCACUCAGCGGACGACGAAGAGAAGAAUCUGCAAAUUAAGGACAACGCUGAGGACAUGAAAGGUCUGUUCGUAAUAGACACCAGCUGUGUUGUUGUCAAAGUAGAGAUGAUCCCUUCACCAAAGAAGGAGCAAGUUCACUAUCUAGGCUCCACAGCAAACGAUGAAAGCUGCUCUAAGCUUUAUCAAGAUGUUACAACCCGCCCAAGUGAGGAGGCAUUGAGAAGAAAUGAAGACCCUGAAGCUGAUCUAGACUCAACACCAAUGAACAAACUGGAAUACAAAGAGACUGACGUACCCCAGUUGACCUCUCUUUCUGAAAAGGAAACUCUGGCAGAGCGAGCAGAAAGAAUCCUUGGAAUACCUCUGCAUGACGCUGACAUCAAACAGAAAAGUGAGGAUUAUGAACCACUGUGUGAAGAGGAGGAGGAGGCUGAACCACAUCCUGCUGAGGACAUGCUAGAGGAUGUGGCAGAGCAGGUAGAGGUUCCCCGAGUGGAGAAAGAUGGAGAUGAGAUUGGAAAUCAGCUAACAAAUGAUGGUGGUAAAGAUUUUACAGACGUUCAAAACCUAGCCACUCAAGAUGAUGACACUGAGUCCCUCCUCAAAACAGACGACACUUUAACACAAACUGAGCUUAAGAAAGACGAUAGGGAUGAAUCCACCUGUGGAGAAAGUAAAAAGGAAGAGCAUAAUGUUGAUCUCUAUAGUUCCUCUUCAGUUCCCCAGAAUUUAUUAGACCCAGGCAUACAGGACGGUUCAGCUUUAGACCUAACUCCUCACCCUGACACCCCCUCUCCUCCUCUUUUUCCUAAAACACCCGAUUCCUUUUUGAGCUCCUUUCCCAGUGAAGACCAUCUCCCAAGCCCUCCCCGUCUUGAAGAAAUAUUUCUUGCAGAUGAUGAGGAGCUGUAUGUGGAGACUAAAGAUGAUGAAAUGUUGCAUUUGGCUGAAAGUGAGCUCAACAAGUCCUUGGUUACAGAAAUAGAGGGUGUCUUGCCACAUGAAGACAAUAACUGUCAACAGUGGGAUGAUGUUCCUUGCAUUUCUGAAAAGCAAGAAACAGAUGAAGGUGAUUGCUCUACAGAUGAAACUAGGUAUGAAGACCCCGACAUCUUGGCUCAGCUACUUACUUGCGUCCAAAUUGAAGGAGCCACUUCUGCAAAAGGGGAGCAAGAUCAUCAAUUAGAAGAAAGCAUUCUACCUGAUCCUUCAGUUCAAAUGGGUCAGAAGGAAAAUGCAAGAAGUUGUAAAACAGAAGAGGUUGGGUUUGAUGUGGAGGGGGGUGUUUUUAGGGAGAAAGAAAGAGGCGAGACUCUGGAGCAAUCCCAAAUAAAUCCAGGUCCGAUCGCAAGUCUCUCGGAACAAAGACAAAGCAGUGAGAGAAACAAAUCCACCCAGACUCAGCCACAGGCGGACACUUUGCAAAACGUUGAUCCCCAACGGGAAUUUAUCGACAAUUGCCCUCCUUCACCUUCAAGCAGUGAGGUCCUACACAAUCACUUAAUUGCUGAUGAUUUGCCAGGUAGAGACCAUGUUCCCCUCUUAGAAACUGUCUCUCCUCUGAAUAUUGUCACUGCUGCUCCAGACAAGGAAAAUUCCUCUGAUCCCUUUUAUAUACAAUCGUUUGAAGAAUCCAGUCAGUUGACAAUUGUUCCUCCCCAUGAAGAUGAUGUCUCCCCAGAGUUCUCUCCAACUGCUGCCCACAAGACAGGAUCUCAGUACUCAAAGUCCCUGCUGGAAGUGGUUAAUCGUAUCAGGAAGCACACAGCGCCUGAUUCGGAGAGCGAAGAGGAGGAAGUGAGUGAGAGGUCGGAUGCGAGUUGUCUAGACAUGGUCGCUGACCUAGAGUCUGAGGAGAACUUUGAUGAGCUUUUAAAGGACAGUGCUGAGACAAGGCAGGGCGACCAGGAUCACAAAGAGUCAGAGGAACAUGCGGAUGAAGAUGCUAUGUCCUGCAGUAGCACCAGUCAUGUCCUUGAAAAUACUGUCACCGUAGUGGACAUAGAAACAAGACCCUCCAGCGAGGUGGAAGAAAAGAAAGAGGAGUCCGACACGGCUGAAGGGGAGGUAAGAUGUUCCAGCAAUGAAAAGGGGGAAUCCCAGUUUAAAGGAAGUAAAGAUGAAGAUCUAACUAUUGGUGGUUCUAGUGAGCACAUUCCAGUGGAGGUAGAUGUAGAUGCUACUGAGGUAUUAACCCAUUAAUUAUUCCAACAAUAGGGCUACUGUCUGCAUUAACAUGAUUUUAUGUGGUAGGCUAGACCCUCCCAAUGGUUAAAGAACAGCUGCUGAUUUCAUUUAUAUGUAUUCUCCGGUUUAAAACUGUUUUUUUAUGGUUUUGGUGUGGCCAUUUAACAGGAUAAAUCAAAGUAAGACAGCUAACAGUGCUUUGCUGAAGUAUUUACCACCCCCCUAUCAGAGGUCACAUCACUAGUAAAUAGAAUCCAUAAGUGCCUUGGUAUAAAUGCAGCUGUUCUUUGCACAAACGGCCUCAUGAAGAUAAGGAAACACAGCAAACAGGUCCAGGAGUAAGCUGUGGAGAUGUUUUAAGCUAGAGUGGGUUAUAAAAACAACAUGCUGAACCACAGGUUCUUAGAAAAGGCAAAAAAACAAAACAAAAAAAAACGGCUAAAUGACUGCUCUUCACCUGCAGGCUGGAUAAAUUCUGCAUUAAUAAGAGAGGCAGCCUGAAACUGCAGAGAUCCACAGUUCUGUUUGUAGAUUUUGUUGACCAGAAAGCCAAUUUCAAAGGAAGAGCUACAAGAGUUACACGCACUGUAGAAUGAAAACAUGAAAAACUUUAAGGGGACUUACAAAGCACUGCUUGCAGUAUGUAUCAGUAGAUUUGAUUGCUGAGUAAAAACACAGGCAUGUUUGCAGUGGUUUCAGUGUGUGGAGGUUUAUUCAGCUAGAGAACAGCUGUUGGUGAUGCAGGUUAAAAUUAAUUUUCUUGUACUAAAGUCCCUGUCACACAUUGACAAUUUAGAUCAGCGUAUGCCUGACAUGCCAAAAACACUGGAAUAUGUUGGAUAAGUUAUGGGUCAGUUUUGUAUAAGUUAUGAGCAUGCUGAAACACGGCAAAACAUGCCGCACACGUCGACAUACGACAAGUAUGCCAGCUAUGCCAUACGUGGACCAUAAGUUACAGAUAAGUUAUCUGAUUGUAAGUUACUCAUACGUUGUGGUGUCUUGGUUAUCCAAAAACUAACGUGCGCAUACAAUCGUAACUUAUCAAGAACUUAUCUCCAAAGUAUUUGAUGUGUUCCAGACGAGUGCUGAACGUGUUUCUAACUUCCAGCUACUGUAUAAUGGCGCAUUGGCAGCAUUUUGGUAUAAAGGGGGUUCACAGGAGGAAACCAUCAGUCCUCCUCCAGACUGCAUCCCCAUCAUAGGGUGAGAAAGUGAGUUUGAUGGAUCCUCCCUGCGUUUACGCCCACCACCCACAAAGUUCCUUGCAAACAUGAUGCUGAAUCUGCUGCCACUGCAACCCUUCUUUUUUUUCUUUUUUUGGUUGGCGGUAAACAGCAGCUAGGUUAAUACCGCGAUCAAAUACGUCUUUUUAUGUAGUCCGGGCGAAUCGCUGCUCCCCUCAGGACACAGGCUUGUGCAUGAUUUCAUGGCAUUAGGCUGCCGUGCGUUAUGCAUAAGUUAGGCUGGCGUUGGACAUAAGUUCUGGUCUGGUUAUGAAUACUCUAUGUAUACACCCAAAAUUGGAAAAAAUGCUUAGAAAGCUCAGCGUAUGGCAGCGUUUUAAGAGACUCUGGAAUGUUGGGCAUAAGCUGGCUAAAUCGGCAAGGUGUGAUGGGGCCCUAAUUUGCUACUAAUAUGGUUUAAUGCAGAUCUUCUAUUUUUAUUUCCAAACCUUUUGCAGUGAGACUUUAUGUGGUUUGCUGAAGCAGAACAGCUAUUUUCAUCACAGGAUUCAUUUCAUCUCGAACUUUUUGUUCUCAUAAAAGAAUGAAAAUACAUUUGCUUAUUUUUAUAUAAUUAUUGGCCUUAAUAGUUUGGAAAAAACAAAACAUGUUUGUUUACUUUUUUUUUUAUUAUUAUCUUUCCUUCUUUAAUUUGUUUUUUCUCUUUGUUAAUCAUAUCUCCAGUUCCUCCAUUUCCAGCUUUGGCUUGGAUUGUUUUUCUUUAGUUAUAGCUAUUUAUAAGCUUAUUUUUUGAAUGUGCAUGGUGAAGAGAUUUUUGUUUAAAUUCUGCAUUUUCUUGAUUUCUGUAAAGCACUUUAUGCUAUAUUCCACUUUGAAUGAGACCUUGUAUAGAAAUAAAUAUUAAUUUAUCAAAAUUCUAUUGUAUUUUUAAGCACAUGUUUAGACCCGAUUUUAUUUUUAAUGUUUUAAAUGUUUUUCUGCGCAUUGAAAAAAAUGACAGAUUUCUCUCCGUUUUUGCAUUUUCAUUCUUAUUCAUUUAGGGUGAUAGUGGUGUUCAAAAAAAGUGGAAGAAUUAAACCUAAAAGUUGAACAUAUAACCCUAUUAGAGAAAAAUUGACUACUGGUUACCAGCUUUAGAAAAUGUUUGAAUGUAGGCUUUUCAAUUAUCAUGUUAAUUUUAUUCUUUAUUAGUCAUGUGUAUUGCUUAACUAGCCACAUUAGAUGGGGUGGACGGCCGUCUUCCAGAGGGUGUAUCGCAUUGUGUGUGCAGAGGCCGUCUAAUGAGGACAGUUUUGUCUGUACAAGCGCAAAUGUAAAUUACAUUUGAUAUUCCCAGUAAAACUUUACUUAGUGCAAACUUUAUACAAAUCAGUGUAUCUGGACAAAAAACAGAUGUUCAUUAAAUUAUUUUAGUUGAUUUUUUUUAUGAACCUCUAUUAAUAAUUAUGUUAUGUUGUUAUAUAAAAGCUGAAGUCAUGAUAUAAAUAUGUGAAGAAUCUGAAAUUGAUAAAAGCUUAAAACGAAUUUAAGAUUUUUAGGAGGCUUGUGACAUUUCAACGAUUUUCUUUCAAAAGUCAGAAUGUGGUUUUUAAUUCUUUCAGCCCCAAACGUUACAUCAUAAUACUGGUCUGACAGUAGAUUUCCCUGAUAAAUAAAUAAAAAAUGACAGGGAGAAAUUGAAAUGAACUUUGUCACCAAAGACAGUGUUUUAAUUAAAUAAUGAUGGAAAAAUGUCACAUUAAUAAAGGAGAUCUGGUCAUUUAUGAAUAACUGACCAUGAAAUAGGAUCACUAAAGGCUGGAUAUUUUAUUACAAAUUCUCACACUUGGAUGUAAACCGAUUAUUUAAUAAUGUCGAUAAAAAUGUUAUAAAAAAAAAGAUCUUGAUCAUUUUAUUUUUAAAUAACUAAACAACAUGCCACUGAGAAUCCAACAGCUUUUUAAAGGGAAAACAAAUCUCAAGACAAACUGAAAAAAACCCACUUUAACUGUUUGAAGUUUUUAUGUUUUAUCCUGUUGGAGAUAAAACAGUGACAGGACUUUGUCAGAGUUUUUCUUCCUUACGAACCAUUUAUCUGGAUUAGAGAAACCUAUGGAGUGAAUGUUGUUCCAUUAUUAUUGCAAGUAAAGAAAGUGUUUUGCAAAUCGGAGGAAAAAAUAAAAGCAAUGCAAAAAUGAAAAAUUCAAC